AGAAACAGGCUGUGAGGGUUCGUUUGGUUUUCUUUCCAGCUAGCAGGUCUUCAGCCUGUUACACAGAACGCUGCCUAGGCCUCUUGGCUAAGAGAGAUCAUGACAGAAAAAAGGGUCACUCCCAGCAGCUGGUCUAGGAGAUAACAGCAAGGAGGGAAUAGGAGACAAGAAACCUGCCAGCAGGCUCACGAGAGGAGUGAGGGAAAUUUGCUUUCCACAGGCUUUUAAAGGAACAGAAGCCCCCCCCCCCCAUCUUUUCCAGUGCGGAGACAGAGUUGAGAAAGAAGCCAGAGGCAACGGCUUGAGGCAAGCGUUUCCUGUGCUCAAGUAGAUUCAAAAAGCCUGCAGCCAUGGGGCAAGCUCUAAGUAUCAAGAGCUGUGACUUCCAAGCAGCAGAAAACAAUGAGGAGCACCACACCAAAGCCAUCAGCUCCCGCCACCUUAUUUUGAGGAGGGGACAGUCCUUCACUAUCACCCUGAACUUCCGUGGCUCAGUCCACACAUUUCUGUCUGCCCUGAAGAAAGUGGCUCUUAUCGCACAAACUGGAGAGCAGCCCUCCAAGGACAGCAAGACCCAAGCCAUCUUCCCGAUCUCCUCUCUGGGAGACCCAAAAGGAUGGAGUGCGGUCGUGGAGGACAGAGGUGCCCAACACUGGACCAUUUCUGUGACCACACCUGUGGAUGCUGUCAUUGGCCGCUACUCACUCCUCCUUCAGGUUUCGGCCAAGAAACAAUACCCCUUGGGCCAAUUCACGCUCCUUUUUAAUCCCUGGAAUAGAGACGAUGCUGUAUUUCUGCAGAAUGAGGCUCAACGCACCGAAUACAUAUUGAACCAGAACGGCCUUAUCUACCUGGGCACAGCAAACUGCAUUCAGGAAGAGCCCUGGGACUUUGGUCAGUUUGAGAGAGAUGUCCUGGACCUCAGCCUGAACUUACUGAGUGUGGACAGGCAAGUGGAAGACUGGAGCCAGCCUAUACAUGUGGCCCGUGUGCUGGGAGCCUUGCUGCAUGAACUCAAGAAGAAGAGUGUCCUGCCUGUUCCACAGACCCAGGCUGCCCAGGAAGGGACCUCGCCGUACAAACGACGGGGCAGUGCGCCCAUUCUGCGGCAGUGGCUCACUGGCCAAGGACGACCAGUGUAUGAGACUCAGGCCUGGGUGUUUGCUGCUGUUGCUUGCACAGUGCUACGCUGCCUGGGCAUCCCAGCACGCGUCGUUACCACGUUCGCUUCAGCCCAGGGUACCAACGGGAGCCUGCUGGUGGAUGAGUACUACAACGAGGAGGGGCUCCAGAAUGGAGAAGGACAGAGGGGCCGUAUCUGGGUCUUCCAAACUUCUAUAGAAUGCUGGAUGAACAGACCUGAUUUGCAGGGUUAUGACGGGUGGCAGAUUCUGUACCCAAGAGCAUCUGAUGGAGUUGGAGUUCUGGGAUCCUGCAUUCUGGUCCCGGUCCGAGCAGUCAAGGAUGGGGAACUGUGGCUGGACCCGGCAGUAUCAGACCUCUUUGCUUCAGUAAAUGCCUCGUGUGUGGUCUGGAAGUGCUGUGAAGAUGGGAAAUUGGAGCUGACCGACUCCAGUCAAAAGUAUGUUGGCGAUAACAUUUGCACCAAGGUCGUGGGCAGUGACCGCUGCGAAGACAUCACUCAGAACUACAAGUAUCCUGCAGGGUCUCUUCUAGAAAAAGAGGUACUGGAGAGAGUCCGAAAAGAGAGAAUGAAACACAGGAAGGACAGUGGCCUGAGCCCUCCUAUCUGUGAGCCUGUUGAUCCUCUGCACCUCUCCUUGGAAACAACUAAAUCCAUCCCACCGGGAGGAAACGGUGGGCUCUCGGUGAUCCUGGUUAACCCCACAGACAAGGAGAAGGACGUGCAUCUGGUCAUUGCAAUCCAGGCUGUGUACUACAAUGGAGUCUUUGCUAGUUAUCUCUGGAAGCAGAAGCAGUCUUUCAUACUCAGACCCAAUGAGGUUCUGAAAGCAUCCACCCCCCUGUCUUUCUCCUAUUUUGAACAAACCCUACCUGAGAACAGCUUCCUCAGGGUCACAGCAAUGGCCACACACUCCAAUGCCAGCCUCAGCUGCUUCGCUCAGGAAGACAUGGCCAUCAGUAAACCACACCUUGCCAUCAAGAUGCCGAAGAGAGCAGUGCAGUAUCAGCCUCUCACCAUCUCAGUCAGCAUGUACAACUCCUCAGAGUCUCCCAUGCAGAACUGCGUCAUCUCCAUCUUUGGAAGGGGACUCAUCUACAGAGAGAAGAAAUAUGGAUUAGGUUCUGUGUGGCCAGGAAACAGCCUUCAAGCUCAAUUCCAGUUAACACCAACACACCUGGGGCUCCAGAGGCUCACUGUGGAAGUAGAUUGUGACAUGUUCCAGAACCUGACCAGCCAUAACAGUGUCCUUGUGGUGCCCCCUGACACUCCUGUUUAAACCGAAAACAACCCUCAAACCACCUGCUAAAGCCAGACACACUCCGGAGAGAAACUCUGCCUCUCAGACAAAUGAAUCUCCACUAAGGUUGAAUAAAACAGUGACCAAAACUAAACUAGACUCACAGAAACCAAAAUCCAUUUUGUUGUUGUUUGUUUUGAAGAGUUUAAGUUAGCCUGAAUAUAACUCCAUUUUGAAAUAAAGAUCUUGACUGGGAACUGAAUUCAGGUACCAGGAAAUAUCACAGAAUGUACAUCUGGCAGAAAACAAAGUUAACUCUCCUAGUAACAGCCUCCAGGAAAUAUAACAGAAUAAAUGCUUCAUAGAAAAUAGAGACAAACUCCCUGGCAAUAAUCAAUGGGAAUUGGUUGAGAAUCGGGUGGGAAAAGUCUCCCCAAUGUUUCAGGUAUGGUUUAGAAAAAUAGCCAUUGUGAUUAUAUGCCUUAGCCAUUGUGAUUGUGUGCUUCAGAAAAGGUCACCCCGCCCUGCUAAACUUCACCCAAUUCUGUAACAUCAAGGCUUGUGCCCCCCUACUUGCUGUCAUGGAAACCCCUUGAUCACAGACUUUCCCUUUAAAAAUCCUGUUCACUCAGAGCUCGGGGUCCCACUUUUCUACUGCUGCAUCAGUGAGACUUGUUUUCCGAGUUCGGUCACUCUCGUAAUAAAGCUCUCUUGCAAUUACA